CGACAGCAAUCGGAGGCCGCUCAGUACGCCUUUACACAGCCAGUGUCCGGGAGCCAUCUUCACACCUCCGCAUAACCACGGCUGUGAAUAUUGAGGGACCCUCUCGCCCUAAGUCGUCCCUGUACUCUCCUGCCUGAGUCCGCCUCACAUCCAGAGCGAACGUUAUCUCGCUGUUUUCGCCUUCGCCACUACCCAAAUCAUAUCUCACAUACUGCAGCCAAUAUGGCGUCAGAUGACCUCGUUUGGUCGAUUAUCGGCACCGAUUUCUGUAGUUACAAGCUGAAGACGAGAAAAGACCAGACUUUUUGCAGGAAUGAGUAUAACGUCACUGGGCUCUGCACUCGGCAAGCCUGUCCAUUAGCCAACUCCCGUUAUGCGACUAUCCGGCCAGAUCCCGCCACCGGCACCCUAUACCUCUACAUCAAGGCCAUCGAGCGCUCACAUCUGCCCAACAAGUGGUGGGAGAAGAUAAAGCUCAGUGGGAACUAUACGAAGGCAUUGGAGCAGGUUGAUCAGCACCUGCAGUACUAUCCAAAGUUCUUGGUACACAAAUCGAAACAACGUCUUACGAGACUUACCCAGGUUGCCAUCAGGAUCAAGAAACUCGCCAAAGAGGAGGAAAGGCUAGGAGAGCGCCUGGUUCCCAGGCUCGCGCCCAAGGUUCGGAGAAGGGAAGAAGGUCGCGAGAGGAAAGCGCUAGCUGCGGCCAAGGUUGAAAGAGCCAUCGAGAGAGUACUCAUUGAUCGCUUGAGAAGUGGGGCCUAUGGCGACCGGCCGCUCAAUGUCGAACCCGAAGUCUGGAAACGUGUUCUAAGGGGCCUGGAAAAGGAAGGAGAGGCUGUCCGUGACGAAGAUCUUGAUGAAGGUAUCGAGGAGGAGAACGAAUAUGAACAGGAGGAGGGAGUUGGUGAUGUGGAGUAUGUCAGCGACAUUGAGGAGUCAGAUGACGAACUCGAAGACUUUGAGGAUUGGGUCGGGGGCGAGAGCCCUGACGAAGAAGAAGAUGAGGAUGAAGAUGAGGGUCAGGACGAGGACGAAGAAGCGGAAGCAAGCGCUAGCGGAGAGGAGGAGGAGGGCAGCUCGGGCGAGGAUGAUAUUGCUGCGCUCAAAAAGAAACUCGACAGUCUCAAGCGCAAACGGCCGACGGGACCGCCGCCGAUGCCGAAGAAGAAGCCCACGAAGAGAGAUUCCAAGGGUCCGAAACGGGAAAUCGAGUACGAAAUGGAGAGGGAGCCGCAAGCUCGCGAGCUCCUCCGUUCAUGAUCAUUUGGCACUGGUUUUCAUUCGCUUUCCGGUGUUCAUGGUGUCGCAAGGAAAACGUCGAUGUGGGUUUAUGUUGUUCUAUGGGAGACAUUUUCCGGCGAAAGGCCAUGUCCAAUAAGACAUGUUAUGUCGCAGCUACCUAGUUGUCAACAUGCAUAUCAUUACAUCGUUGUCCCAAGAUGGGAUCCGGAGUCCUCGCCUACCCUCAGG